UUUUUUUUGGUUUUAAUGUCUGAAGAUGGAAAAUGUCUGAGAUUAUACCUUUAGUCCAUUCUCACUUGAUUGUUUUCACAUACUGUUUCCCUUUGAUAAUAGGACAUGGUGACAACAGCAUCUACUUACCUGUUUGAAGCCACAGAAAAGAGAUUUUUUUUCAAAAAUGUGUCUAUAUUAAUUCCUAAGAAUUGGAAAGAAAACACACAAUACAGGAGGCCAAAAUAUGAGAGCUACCAACAUGCUGAUAUUAUAAUUGCACCACCAACCCUCCCAGGCCAAGAUGAACCUUAUACCAGGCAGUUCACAGAAUGUGGAGAAAAAGCAGAAUACAUUCAUUUCACCCCUGGCUUUGUACUGGGAAAGAAACAAAAUGAAUACGGACCAUCAGGUAGAGUGCUUGUCCACGAGUGGGCCCAUCUCCGCUGGGGAGUGUUUGAUGAGUACAACAAUGAUCAACCCUACUAUGCCUCCAGAUCAAAAAAAAUUGAGGCAACAAGGUGUUCUGUAGGUAUCUCUGGUAAGAACCGUGUUUAUAAGUGUCAAGAUGGUGCCUGUGUAACUAGAAACUGCAGAAUAAAUUCUACCACGAAGCUGUAUGAAAAAGAUUGUCAGUUCUUCCCUGAUAAAGUUCAAACAGAAAAGGCAUCUAUAAUGUUUACACAAAAUAUAGAAUCUAUUGUUGAAUUCUGUAAUGAAGAAAAUCAUAACCGAGAAGCUCCAAGUCUACAAAACCUAAAGUGUAAUUACAGAAGUACCUGGGAGGUCAUCAAAGAGUCAGAGGAUUUUAAAAGCACCACACCUAUGGUGGCACCACCUCCUCUGCCUACUUUUUCUCUGCUGAAAAUCAAGGAGAGAACUGUAUGCUUAGUUCUUGAUAAAUCUGAAAACAUGAAGGAUUUAAACCGGCUAAAUCGAAUGAACCAAGCAGCUAAAAUUUUCCUGCUUCAAACUGUUGAAAAUGGUUCCUGGGUGGGAAUAGUUGCUUAUGAUAGUACCGCUCACAUCAAAAGUAAGCUAGUCCAAGUAACUAGCUACAAUGAAAGAAGAAAACUUCUAGAGAGCUUACCUACAGAAGCUUCAGGAGGAAUUUCUAUCUGCUCUGGAAUCGAAUCUGCUCUUCAGGUAAUUAAGGAAAAACAUCAUCAAAUAGAAGGAUCUGAAAUAAUACUGGUAACUGCUGGGGAAGGUAACAGUGCAAGUUCUUGCCUGGACAGAGUGAAACAAAGCGGGGCCAUUAUUCAUUCUAUCGCUUUGGGGCCUUCUGCUGAUCCCAUACUAAGUGUGAUGAGCAGUAUAACAGGAGGAAAACAUUAUUAUGCUUCAGAUCAAGCCUACAGGAACAGUCUCACUGAUGCUUUCAGGCCCUUUGGAUUAGGAAAUGCUCAUCUCUCCCAGGGAUCCUUUCAGCUUGAAAGUAAGGGGUUAACCCUGAACAAUGAUCCCUGGAUGAAUGGCACUGUGAUAAUUGAUAGCACUGUGGGAAAGGACACGUUCUUUCUCAUCACAUGGGAAAAACAGCCUCCCAGUGUUUCUCUCUGGGCUCCCAGUGGAAAACCGGUAGGAAGUUUCACAGAAGACACUGCUUCCAGAAUGGCCUAUCUCAGUAUUCCAGGAACAGCACAGGUGGGCAUUUGGACUUACAGUCUUCAAGCCAAAGCAAAUCCAGAAAUAUUAACUAUUACAGUAACUUCUCAGGCAGUAAAUUCUGCCGUGCCUCCAAUCACAGUAAGUGCUAAAAUGAAUAAAGACACAAACACCUUCCCUAGCCCCAUGAUUGUUUAUGCAGAAGUUCAGCAAGGGUAUGUGCCCAUUCUUGGAGCCAGUGUGACUGCUGUCAUAGAAUCAAACACUGGACACACACAAACUUUGGAUCUGCUGGACAAUGGUGCAGGUGCUGAUUCUUACAAGAAUGAUGGCAUCUACUCCAGAUACUUUACAACUUAUAAAGAAAAUGGGAUAUAUAGUUUAAAAGUACAAGCUUAUGGAGGAAGAAACAUUGCUAUGAGAAGUUUAAGACAUCCAAAAAAUACAGCCACACAAAUAUCAGGUCACAUAAUAGAUGGGAAAAUUGAAGAGAAUGCACUGAAACCUGAAAAUAAUCAAGACACUCAGCCAAUCUCGGAGAGUUUCACCAGAACAGUAUCUGGAGGUGUGUUUGUGGUAUCACAAGUUCCACCUCUCCCCUUCAUUGACCUGUAUCCACCUAGCCAAAUCAGAGACCUUGAUGCCACACUUCAUGGGGAUGAAAUCCACCUAACAUGGACAGCACCAGGAGAUGAUUUUGAUAUUGGGAAAGUUCAACAGUAUUCCAUAAGAAUCAGUGGGAGUGUUCUUGCUCUAGACUAUUUUGAAGAUGCUCUUCAAGUUAACACUACUGAUCUGUUACCAAAUGAGGCCAACUCCAAGCAAACCUUUACAUUUAAGAUAGGAACUCUCUCAGAAGAAAAUUCAACCCAUUUAUUCAUUGCCAUUCAAAGUGUAGAUAAAAGCAAUCUAACAUCAAAAGUAUCCAAUAUUGCACAAGUAGCUUUGUUUGUUCCCCUGGGAGACCCUACUCCCCAUGAAAGUCAUCAACAUCCUGGAGCUGACAUUUCUACCUUGGUGUUGCUGGUGGUUGGCUCUGCUGCAAUUGUUUGCCUUAUUUUAGGUGCCAUCAUUUAUGUUUUAAAGAGGAAAAAAAAUGCUAGUAGACCUAGAACUGGGUUUUAAUAAAAUCAAUAAAAUUGGA